AUGUUCCCUACCGUCUCACCCCAUGAUUCUCUCCUUGUCUGUCUAAAGCCCGCUGCCACGGCUUGCUUUCUCGUUAUUGGCCACAACAGGCUCGCAGCUGCACGUUGCUUCUCUGCUCUUGAAGCAAGCUACAAGACCUACGUCUCCUAUGCCCCAGGGCUGCCUGUAGACCCCGAGCUUCUAUAUCGGAUAGAACAAGGUCAGGUUGCCUAUCUAGAAACAACAGAAGCGGUCGUUGCUCUUUCACAGCUCGACCAGCUUGAUGUCGUUUGCGUCACAGAUACACUGUCCAACAUGCCGCAACGGAGAUCCAGCGAGUCUUGUAGAGAGAUUUCAGACUACUGCAAGCGUCGUCGGAUUCACCUCAAUAUUGUCGAUCAUACAGAUCUCAAUACCAUCUCAUUUCCUGCGACGCAUCGUUGGCGGACGGGUAAUACGGGACAUGCUCUACAAGUAGCUGUCAAUACAUUUGGUAAAGGAUGCAGACUCGGGACACGCAUCAAGCGGGAGAUCAUUUCUGCGCUUCCUACUGAAAUAGGCCAAGCUGUCGACAAUGUGGCUGCCAUCCGUACAAAGAUUGCAGAACUCUCAGUUGAAGAGGAGGAAGACAAUGAAGCACCCCUCAACUCUCCUGUCCAACAAUUUUCACCUGGCAAUCAUUACUUCCAGCAGGAAUCUCCAGAAGAGGUCAAGAUUCGACGGAUGAAGUGGGUUGCGCAAGUUUCAGAGUACUGGCCCAUCAAGACACUGGGUAGACUACGCCAGCAAGACAUGGAUCGCAUUCUUGCUGAUUUCGACGGGACGCUGCAUGCUCUCAACUUGUCGGCACCCAGUCCAGCUCAACCGCACGGACCACCACGCGUGCUCUUGAUUGGUAGUGGUCCAGGACACCCUGGUCUCUUGACAGUUGCUGCACACAAUGCCAUUAAAAAGGCAGACCUCAUCCUCGCUGACAAACUCGUUCCGAGUGCUGUCCUCGCCCUCGUCCCAGCGAGCACAGAACUCAUCAUUGCCAAAAAGUUCCCUGGCAAUGCAGAACGCGCACAACAGGAACUACAAGAACUCGCUUUACAAUUUUGUCAAGAACACGAGACGGGCACCGUGAUUCGCUUGAAACAAGGUGAUCCAUACAUCUAUGGUCGGGGUGGUGAAGAAGUUCUCUUCUUUCGGAAACAUGGCAUCGAUGCGAUUGUCAUUCCUGGCAUUUCUUCAGCAAUCGCAGCACCACUCCUUUUUGACAUUUCAGUCACACAGCGCGGUGUCUCUGAUUCUCUGAUCCUAUGCACAGGUGUUGGACGGCUUGGCAAGACAAGCAUUAUGCCGAGCUAUAAACGAGCACGCACACUUAUUGUCCUGAUGGGUGUUGCCAGGAUUGGCGAGCUCUUGACAGCCCUGACGGGCAGCCCUGUGCAAGAUGCAGAGAACGUUACAACAACAAGAGAAGGCGAUGCAUACCCACCCUACCUCCCCAUUGCCUUGAUUGAGCGUGGCUCAAGUAAAGACCAACGCAUGGUCCUCAGUACGCUGGCUGGUAUUGAAGAAGCCAUUAAACGAGUCGGCGAUCAACGACCACCGGGCAUGCUUGUCAUUGGCUGGUGUUGCUUGGCAUUACAAGGGGAAGGCCAUGUCAAUGUGACGGAAGCAGAUGGCAUCGCUGCAGGUGAAGCGGGUGAUCGGGCGCGUGUCCAGGCCGUCUUGGGUGAUGCCGGGUAUCUCGUGCAAGAAGGCCUUCGCGAGAACUGGCAAGCUUUUCUUGAAGAACAGCAAACCAUCAUGUAG